AUGCCGGUGUCUGGUAGUGCAGUGACGCUGUUCCUUCCCACCGCUGCCCAUGUCCUCCGGACUCGGCAAAUCUCUGCUCCCUCCCAACCGCGCCAAAACAUUUCCGGGCACCAAACCAGAGCACAGCUCGAAAGAACUCACACCUGCGGCGAGACGCAAGUGCAGGUCAUGGACGUGACCGGGGAGCUCGAGAUCUCCGGCUGCUGCUCCACGACCACCUCGUCGUGUUCCUCCCUCGACGACGGCACGGGGAAGUACUACGCGUGGAAUGGGCUGUCCCCAGUCGCCGACUGGGGCACGUUCUGCUCAGAUGAUGGCGGGCAGGACCUGCACGACCUCAUCGAGUCCAUGCUCUGCGACGACACGCUCGUCAGCGCGGCUGACGACGACUGCACGGGCCUCCACCCGGCCAUGUUCUCCGAUGACGCGUACUGCUACUCCAAUGGGUCUGGCCCGAGCAGCACCACCACGACGAACCCGGGCACGCCCGUGUAUGACGUCGAUGCGCAGCAGGGCGACUGCCCCGAGAAGGGCCUCCGCCUGCUGCAUCUGCUCAUGGCGGCCGCCGAGGCGCUCUCCGGCCCGCACAAGAGCCGGGAGCUGGCUCGGGUGAUAUUGGUUCGGCUCAAGGAGAUGGUUUCCCACACUGGCGCCAGCGCCGCAGCCUCCAACAUGGAGCGCCUCGCUGCGCACUUCACCGACGCGCUGCAGGGGCUGCUCGACGGGUCCCACCCAGUGGGAGGAGCCGGCAGGCAGGCCGCCGCGGCCGCGUCCCACCACCACCAGCAGAACACCGGCGAUGUGCUGACGGCAUUCCAGAUGCUGCAGGACAUGUCGCCGUACAUGAAGUUCGGCCACUUCACCGCUAACCAGGCGAUCCUCGAGGCGGUGGCGGGCGACCGGCGCGUGCACAUCGUCGACUACGACAUCGCCGAGGGCGUCCAGUGGGCUUCGCUGAUGCAGGCCAUGAUCUCGAAACCCGACGGCGUGCCGCCGCCGCACCUGCGCAUAACCGCCGUCUCCCGAGGCGGCGGAGGCGGCGCCCGGGCUGUGCAGGUGGCCAGCCGGCGCCUAGCCGCCUUCGCGGCGUCCAUCAAGCAGCCCUUCUCGUUCGGGCACUGCCGUCUCGACUCCGACGAGAGUUUCCGGCCGGCGACGAUCCGGCUUGUCAAGGGGGAGACCCUCGUCGCCAACUGCGUGCUCAACCAAGCCGCGGCGACCACCACCAUCAGGCGGCCCACCGGCUCGGUGGCGUCUUUCUUGGCCGGCAUGGCAACGCUCGGGGCCAAGGUGGUGACGGUGGUGGAGGAGGAUCAAGGCGAAGCGGAGAAGGACGACAAGGAGUCCGGCGACGCCGCGGCGGGCGGUUUCGUGGCGCGGUUCAUGGAGGAGCUGCACCGGUACUCUGCGGUGUGGGACUCGCUGGAGGCUGGGUUCCCGACGCAGAGCCGGGUGCGCGGCCUCGUGGAGCAGGCCAUUCUCGCCCCGAACAUCGCCGUCGCCGUAAGCCGCGCGUACCGGACCGUGGACGGCGACGGCGAGGGGAGGAGCGGGUGGGGGGAGUGGAUGCGCGGGAACGGGUUCCGGUCCGUGCCGCUCAGCUGCUUCAACCACAGCCAGGCCAGGCUCCUCCUCGGUCUCUUCAACGACGGGUACACGUUGGAGGAGACGUCGCCGAACAAGAUCGUGCUCGGCUGGAAGGCCCGGCGAUUGCUGUCGGCGUCCGUGUGGGCGCCUCCGCCUAUGUCUCUGCCGUCGUCGCCUCCGGAGGGAGCGUUCCAGCCCGUGGAGAUGGCGCCGGCCAGCGGUGGCGUAAGCCGGAUGGAGUUUGACUACAUUGACUCGUUCCUGGUCGAGCCUGCUUACGCGCUAGUUUAAUCGUGGUUGUGUUGAGUCAGCUGCUUUAGCUCGGAUGUUCUAGGCCUUUUUGAUAGGUUUUUUUCUGGAGCCAGAAGUUAUUUAAA